AUGGCACCAGAAAAAAAGGGCCAUACUUACAUACAAUGGAUGUAUUCGAUUAUUGUAAGCAUCGGUUUCCUCAUAUAUGGAUUGGAGAUUGGAUGGACGUCUCCAAUGCAGAAAGUUUUACAAGCGGACACCUCUCCUCUGGGUCGUCCCAUCUCCACGACGAUGAUAUCCUGGAUUGCCAGUAUCGUUGUAUUUAGUUCUGCUGGUGCAGUACCAAUCUACUCAUACAUGGCUAAUGUUUAUGGGAGGAAGUGGAUGGUUGUUGCAACCACGAUACCUCAGAUGAUAUCGAGCAGUAUAAAAAUAUUAUUUCCAAACAUCACAGCGCUAUGCAUAGCCCGAACAUUAACCGGUUUUUUCAGUGGGGGCGUAUUCGUAGUUGGGCCAAUGUAUGUGAGAGAAAUCAGCCAGUCAGACAUGAUAGGAUCCUUAGGAUCCAUCCAGGUGCUACUGCAGAAUAUGGGCUUCCUGAUAAUAUACUUAGUUGGUGCGUACAUGGAGUAUUUUCAAGUAUUGUACGUAAUGGCUGCGUUUCCAGUAUUGAUGGCUUUGCUGAUGUUAAGAGCUCCCGAAUCUCCGGCUUUUUUGGUCAAGUUGGGGAAGAUUGAGGAAGCACAUAAAGCUGUUGCGUAUCUUCGAGGUUUGGAUACGGAUGAUAAAAUUGUGAUAACAGAAGUGGAAGCUAUGCAGCGUCAGGAAAAAGAGUUUCAGGCAAUGCCUAAGCUCGAUUUUAUUAGUAUUCUGAAAGAUAAAGCUUGGAGACGUGGUCUUAUAAUUAUCCUCAUCAUCUUCACGUUCCACGCUUGGAACGGUGCUUUCGCGAUCAUUGCAUACGCGUCUGCCAUCUUGUCUUCGACGGGGGUAGAUUUUGGUAUAAGUCCAGAAUUGCAAACGCUAAGUUUUCCUAUAGUUAGUAUUAUGGCAUCAUUUACUUUGACUGCGGUUGCUGAGAAGUUUGGAAGAAAGGUUCGAACAAGACUCAUGGGUUGUGUCGUAACCCAUGCGUGGAUAUCCGGUGCUGUUCAGCUUUUUGCAUAUGCACCUGUAGCUGAUGCCUUCGGUCUACCAGCUACGUUUAUUCUGUUUGGGGUAUUCAAUCUUUUAGGAGCAAUUGUAACCUUCUACUUACCCGAGACCAGGGGUAAGACUGAUGAAGAGAUUCAACAACAAUUGACAAAUAGUCCCAAAAAGAAGCACGGUUUAGUUUUUAAUGUACGGUUUAGUUUGGAAUACUAA